GCGAGGCGGAAGCCCAAGCGGCCCCACUGCACUCGCGCCUGCCCGUCCCCUCAGAGGGGGCCAAUGGGCUCUCAGGACGCGCACCUAACGAUGCGGGCCCCGCCCCUUGGAGACGCGCGCCGGCCUGACCAACAUCCGCCGAGGUAGCGAGAGAUUUGAGAGUUCUGCCGGGGUCUGGGGUCCUGGCGGCCCGCCGCCAUGAAGCUGACGCGGAAGAUGGUACUGUCCCGGGCCAAGGCCUCGGAGCUUCACAGCGUGAGGAAGCUCAACUGCUGGGGCAGCCGUCUCACUGAUAUCUCCAUAUGCCGGGAAAUGCCCAGCCUGGAAGUGAUCACCCUCAGUGUCAACAGCAUCUCCAGCCUGGAGCCCGUGAGCCGCUGCCGGCAGCUGAGUGAGCUGUACCUGCGCAAGAACCGCAUUCCCAGCCUCGCAGAGCUCAUCCACCUGAAGGGCCUCCCGCGCCUGCGGGUGCUCUGGCUGGCCGAGAACCCCUGCUGUGGCACCUGCCCCCACCUCUACCGCAUGACCGUCCUGCGCACCCUGCCGCAGCUGCAGAAGCUGGACAACCAGGCUGUGACGGAGGAAGAGGUGUCCCGGGCGCUGAUGGAGGGAGAGGAGGUCACGGCCCCCAGCAGAGAGGACUUGGGGAGCGGCCCACCCAAGCUGUCCUACACCCUGAGUGCUGUGGACGCCGCCACUGAGAUGACACAGGAUCCUCUGAACCUUGGCAAGGGGGAGGCCAGCAGCGACCAGGGGCAGCUUGGCCUGAAGCCCACCUCCCUGGACCGGUUUCCUCCAUUCUCACAGCAGGAGGCCGCAAGCAGUCGCACGAGCAGAAACAACAUCCUGAUGGCCAUCCUGAUGCUGCUGCGAGAGCUGGACAUCGAGGGGCUGGAGGCCGUCCACCAGACCGUGGUCAGCCGGCUCCAGGCCCUGCACAAGCAGGGGUUGCAGGAGGACAUGGAGUGACCCCAAGUCAGCGGGACCCUGCGCUGAAGCCCAGUGUCUUCCCGAACCUGGGAAGGGGGCUCCCAGCCGCAGCCUCUGCUGGCCAACCCCAGGCUGAGCCCAGGCACAGGGCUGCAUCCCUGGGAAGCGGGGCUCUUGUUGCAGACAGCGCCCGGCAGGGGCAGGAGAGGCUGCUGGGCAGACCGCCCUGCGCCCUCUGCUGGGAGGGUCAUGGCUGGUGCUUCCUGUCUCCUAGGACCACCUUCGUGUGGCUCCUCCUCAGGGUGGACUUUGCGGCCAUCCUCCUAAUAAAUGCUUUCCCGAA